ACAAUUCACAUCAUUCCCGUACAUGACAGUGCACAUUAUCAAAACUCCACUCCAAUCCGUUUCGUACCCACAGCCUCUCAUUCCUAAUCCUAAUCCUUUCAUUCCAGUUCAUCCCAGCUCUGAAAGCUCCUGGUUUCAGAGAGUGAGGGACAAGGAAAGAGAUGACUCUGAACUUGACUUCGCCAUGGCUCUCUCGCUUCUCUCGCCCCUCGCCUCACGUCUCCGUUCCCGAAAUCUCCACCUUCAGAACCCUCACCUUCUUCGUUUCUCCCACUUCCAAGUCCUUCAGAACCAAAGCUUCCGAAAACGACGUCGCACGCGCCUCCGCUUCGAAGCUCUUGGACGAUGAGCUGCUGAGUCGUGUUUCCCGUGCCAGAGACGCCGAUGAAGCGCUGGAGAUGAUCGCGGAGAGGUGGGAGAGAAGUGGUGGCGUUGUGGACACUGCCGAUUGCUGUUCCAUCAUAUCCGCCGCCCUUGAUCGGAACAAUGCCGACCUGGCCUUGUCGGUUUUCUACUCCAUGCGUUCGAGCUUCGAUCAAGUUGCUAGUGGAAGUAGUGCCCUCAUUGAGAGAUGGAAGUGGUCUAGGCCGGAUGUGCGUGUCUACACUUCAUUAGUUAGGGGUCUUGCAGCGUCAUUGAGAGUUUCAGAAGCUCUUAGGAUGAUUGCUGAUGUAUGUAGAGUAGGAGUAUCCCCUGGCGAAGAGGUCCCUUUUGGUAAACUUGUGAGAUGUCCAAGUUGUAUGAUUGCUGUUGCUGUUGCACAACCUCAACAUGGCAUUCAGAUAGUAUCUUGUUCGAAGUGCCGCUACCAAUAUGAGCUUGUUUCUGGUGACAUAGCUAGUAUUGAGUCAGAGGAAAUCAGCAUGGAUGUUCCAGCAUGGAAAAGGGGGCUAAGAUUCCUGCAAAUAAUGAAGGAAAGCAUUCCUGCUGCUGUUCACUCCAUUGUGGUCCAGACACCUUCUGGAAUGGCACGUACACACAGGUUUGCUACUAAAACAGUUGAUCUCCCUGCCCAAGAAGGAGAAAGAGUUACCAUUGCUCUAGCAGCUCCAUCAAAUGUUUAUCGAGAGAUAGGUCCUUUUAAAGUUAGUCCAAAAGCACCCAACUUCUACCCUGGAGAGCCUAUGUGCCUAACAAACCACAAAGAUGGUCGGGAAUCACUACUAGUAAGAGCCCCCAGAAAAGAUGGAAGCUCAUCCUUACUUAAUCCCUCUAUUCUCUUUCCGCUUCUUGUUGUGCUGGCCGCUGGAGAUGCUGCCUCUGGAAUUAUUGAUCCCAGUUUGCCUCAGUUCCUUUCAGUUGCUGCUGUUGGAUCUCUUGCUGUUGGAACUACUUUAAACACUCUGGUUUUCCCUCAAAUGAAUCGGCUUCCUCAGAGGACGGUGGAUACAAUCGCUAUCAAGCAGCAACUUUUAUCUCAAUAUGAUAUGCUUCAGUCUCGCAUCAAGGACCUCAAAGGAGCUGCUGAAAAAGAGGUGUGGAUGUUAGCUCGGAUGUGCCAAUUGGAGAACAAAAUUCUUGCUAUUGGAGAGCCUUCUUAUCGUGCUCGGAAAAGUAGAGUGAAGAAGGUGCGUGAAGGCUUGGAAAAUUCCCUCAAGGGGCGGAUUGAAUUGAUCGACAGUUACGCUAGAAUUUCUUCAAUGAUUGAGAUUGAAGUAGAAAUGGCUUCUGAUGUUCUUGCUGCCGAAGCAGCAAGCAAUGUGGAGAGUAUUGCUGAACAGAUACAGCAAAUCAUGGAGCUUGAAAAUCUUGAAGAGGCAUGCACUUGGGACUUUUUUUUUCCUACACCGAAUAUAGAUCUUUUUUAUUCUAUUUAUCAAAGGAAGGUUGUUAUUGAUAAUCAUCAUUCAUUUAUCAUGCAGAGAUGGAGACAAGUAGCAGAGGCAAACGAUGAGGUGGAAAGGCUUCUUAGUUCUGAACUCAUUCCCACGGAGCAGGUGUAGACGUGUAAAUUUGGUAAUUUACUUGUACAGAGAAUCCCUUUUCACAUAGUUUGGCAUUACAAUAUUGGGCAGUGCAUGCCAAUUCCUUUUAUCCUUUGAUUUUUCUAAUCAUUGCUGUUCCCAGAGGACCCUUAAUUUAUCAUUAAAGAGGGUAAUGAGGGCUUCAAAAGUCAACGAGUCAUGUCUCAUUUGAAGAUUGCCCUAGUGUAAACAAAGAAAGCUACCAUGUAAAUCAAACACAAUUUUUGUUUUCGCGAGUAUUCAAGUGUUAAAAAGUGCCCAAGAAUUGCUUUUGAAGAAUCCUCAAAUGAAGUUGUAUUCUUGGUCUUGGCCUACUA